AUGGGUGGGAGACGCGUUAACCUGAGUCGCAGCUUCGCGGACGUCGCUAAGGGGAAGCCGGCCGCCCCCUCCGAGAGGCCAGAGCCGCUCGCAGGGGAGGCCGCACCGGCACCGCAGCCGUCGCAGCCGCCUUCGCCGGCGGCACCGCCUGCAGUCGAGUGGGAUCGGCUUGCCGGCGCCCGCGGCUGCGAGGAGGGUUGCCGCCCGCGCAGGGCUUCCCAGCACGUCGCUCCGCUGCCGACUACGGGAAACGUCGCGAUGGAGUCAAACCUUCCAGAAACAGCGAAGGAAGACGCCACCGAGCUGGCCGCUCAACCAGCUGAUGACUCAGCUACCGGUGCUCGUGGGAGCAGUUACGGUGGCCCUCCAGGCCACUGCCGGUACAAACCAGCCUUAAAAUGGAUAACGAUCAUAUUUAUGGGUUAA